AUGUCUAAAUGUGCUGUCUCCUCCACUUCACCGCAUUCAUCCUACAACCCAGUCUCCUUGGCUUUUAUUCGUCUGGACGACACGCUGGCCUUCGACCCUCAGACCGACACUUCACAAUCUGGGCUGGUGGACGGCGACACUGCUUCUACCGACGAGUACAGUGGCGACGAGCAGACCCCCUUCCGGGAGCCGGUCACAGAUCAUGACGUUCGGGUACCGGGCAGUACUUCCUCCUUUUGCUCGGAGAUCAGGCCGGCCAGUGCAAGGUGUAGACGCGACGGCUCUGGAUUGCCUCGCUCGGCAGCUGGGGCUGAAGAUGUUGCACGGGCCAAAGGGAUCGCCGAAUGCGUGGGGCUCUUUCGUGUCGCAGCCGCGGAGCACCAGAAGCUGUGCUAUGACGCAAUGUCCGGCGCGGGUUGUGAUCGACAUCUCUUCGCGCUAUACAUCACAAGUCGUGGAAUAUUUGGCAAGGUUAGCCGAAUGGGGUUUCCGUUCCCUCCCCUUAAAGGCAGCUUACAAUGUUGCUCCAAGCAACACAAGAUCUUGCUGCCUGAUUGA